AUGCUCUCUUGCCAUGAACACUUGCUUUUCUUUUUGUGACCUUUUGCCACCUUUUUCUGGCACCGCCAAAGCUUUCUAUCAAGAAAUAGAACAGCCUUGUUCCCACACUUGUCACAAACUCUUUCUUCUAGAAUUAGUUUGUGGCAAACGCACAAGUCAAAGAGAUCCUUUAGUUUUCCAGUAUAUUUUCUAACAUAGUCAAAUAAUCCGUAAUCGCAGUCAGCACACCUAUCUCCCGCCAUGGCACAACUAAGAGUAUAUCAACAGGCCACCCUUGCCAGCUUGUGUAGCUUCACUCGGCAGGGAUGAUUGUGGACUUAGUUUCUGGAGGCGGCGCACUAUUAAUUUAAUUACUACGGCCUUACAAAAGCCUUCCCCCACAUUGAAAACAUCACAGACAUGUUCUAUAGUAAGUACUCUAUCACGUUGCAAUGUGUUUUUAAUGAAUAGAGAGGAGGUCCAACCCUGCAGAUAUACGAUUAUUACUUAUAUGCUUACAUCUAAAGCUAUCAUUCUUCUUCGUGCCUAUCAGUAAACCACCAGACUUGAACCUACAUAAUUUGCUUCUGUUCUGAAAAAUAAUAUCAAAACCAAUAUUUUCCAUAAUCCCUUUUACAUUAAUCAUAUCAGUAUCAUCACAUUUAGUUUCACAUAAGCAUAUCACAUCAAAAUCUUGAAUAAAGUAAACAAAAUCCACAGAUAACAGUGUGUUGGAGGUUUUACCUCAAAACCUUAAAUUUACCAGUUAUAUGCAAGUUCCUAUAAUGCACGUAAAUAAUAUUGAAUACAACAUGUGGCCAGUACUUGAAAACCUGGACACAAAAACGAAAUAUCACUUAAGUCACCACAUUGGGCAUUGAUAACACCUUUAACACCUUACAGCAGUUUAAAAAUUUAUUCCACAACUACUGACAUAACAUCAUUGCAUGCAUAAGUCCUAAACAGACAAAAAUAACAAAACACAUAAAUGCACAUGGGAGCGAGGCUUGGCAGCAUCUAAAGAAAACAUGCCAGAUAUCACUGGCUCAACUUUCUUUUUAUUCAAGACCCGAUUUAUGCUGUUUUUUUCCUUUAUCACUUGAAUACACAUAGUAAAGUCAAUUCAUAUCAUCUCCAUAUCAUAUUUAGCCGGUUUUAUAAAGAAAAAAAAAAUUCCGAAAACGUAUUGUAUCGGGAACUGUUAGCACAUUUAAAAGGCUAACUUACGAAAAGGUAAAUUACAAAAUAGAUUUACCCUUACUAAAAGGGCUGACUUCUGCGGAAGGGUAAAUUAUGUUCGCUAUUUACCCAUUUCACCAAAUUUACCUUUAGCUCAUAUAAAUUUACCCUUUUCUUACCCCAUAUUUUUUACAGUGUGUAGCACCUGCUGAACAUCGCAAGUUCUUGUAUACCUAGGGACAGACGGCCACAAGUUAAAAACUCCCCUUAAGAACCUGGUGACAAGAGGAUGGCUUCCUGCACUGCAACCAUCCACAGUAAUCCCCAGGGAGGAAAGUGCAUCCCUGGCAGUGUUGAUUGAAGUAUAACUGUAGUGCUGAGAAAUUAAUUAUGUAUAUUUCUACUUUUUUUUCCUAGGCUAGGGCCCAUGUAGUGUGCGGGGGUGACCAGAAUCUCAGUACCAUGUGACUAACCCCUCCCCUUCCCCUCCUCUCCUCAGUGUCCUUUUGUCCUUGCUUUCCCCCCCCCCCCUCUCAGCGUCACUGUGUUGACCACUUCUAUAACAAAUUUACCCCGUGAAUAAACGUAAUUUCUCCUGCUUGGCCAGGUUAUAGAGGCGAAUUUUUCACCUAAUCCCAGAGAAUGGGGAGCCCUUAAUAUGAUAAAAUUAAUUCUAUAAUGGUAAGGUCUUAAACCAGCCCAAACAAAUCCCAGAUAAUUACGCCGCGCCAAUGAGGUUGACGAAUCUGAUAAGUCUUCUUUGCUUCGCUGCCCUGUCACCCCUGUUGCUACGCAAGCCGGGAAGAGAUACCAGACUUUGACUAAUUCCCCAAUUGAUUUCAAAAGUCCAUUGAAUUAAACUUCUUAAAGUAACAACUAUAAAGUAAACAGUAACUUAAUUAUUCAUAUUUUUCAUCCCUGAACUCACAACCUAGUCGCCCCCCCCCCACUAAAAACAAAAUUAUAACUUAAUAAAUUUCCCCAUUGGAAACCUUUAUCCUUAGUUUCCCGCCGAUUUCCUCACAAGCAAAGCCAGUCUCUCUCGGAUUCUCCUCAGGUGAGCAUGCAGUCUGAUAGUCUCCCCCUCCAUUCCUGUAAUAUUAAGUAAGUGUUUAUUUAACAAUAAUUUUACUAAAGCCAGUCUCUCUCGGAUUCUCCUCAGUCUCUCUCGGAUUCUCCUCAGAUAUUCCUGAUGAUAAACUGUUUUCUGAGUGGAUAGAUAUUCGCAUUUUUUCGUUCUUUUUUUUGUUAGUUUUCUCCACGGGACUAGUGAAACCACCUGGUUCGAGAUCACCGUGUGAGACUGUCCUCAGGUAUAUACAUACUUUUUGGAUAUAUAUUUGUUAUUUAUUUAUUUAUUCUCUGGUCUCCCCCACAACUCAGUAGUCGCGAAAAUAUCUCCAUCGUAGUUUUUAUGUAAUUGAAGAAUACGCUACCAUUUAUUUUGUAUUUCUGAAUUAUGUAACUGAAGAGUACGCUAUCAUUUAUUUUGUAUUUCUGAAUUAUGUAACUGAAGAGUACGCUACCAUUUAUUUUGUAUUUCUGAAUUGCUUUCUUUUUAUUAUUAUUAUUUCGGAUUAUUCCAUUAUUUAUUAAAAAUCAUAAAAGUGUCAGUAUUUGUAUUUCUCUUAAUCCAGUGUUAGGAUCUGUAUCAUCGUCUGCCACAAGGGAACUCACACCCCUUAGAGGGCACUAAAUAACCAACACUCCUGUGGAAAGUGACAGAAAAUUCACAUCAGUUACAGUGGGAGCAAAGGGAUCGAUGUUCCAGCUACUACAAAACUGUAGCCACCUGUUGACAUGUGGCUGGUACUGCCUCGCAGUCGCAGGUCUCCAGGAGGCAAGGAGGAUGUCCAUACCUGCUUGAGAAAUGCCCCUGUCUCGCAGACGUUGCCGGAUAAGAGGCAAGCCAUCAUUCGGGUGUGUCGGAGAAUGGGGUGUUCCUCCUCCGUCGAUGGGUGACGCAAGAUGUGUGCCCCCCUCAGAAUCAGCUGUGGUUCCUUGACCAGCAAAAACUUGGUGUUUGGACGUGACGUAUGCCUAGGGGCCUGUUGUCGUGGUGCAAGCUUCUAGCCUGUCUUCACUUCUUACCAACAUCUCUACACCUCCCUGGAGCUUCAACCAUGGCUGGCAUUCUUCCUCUUUUGCACCUUCAACAUGCUGAUGAAGCAAGGUUGCCAAGGAGACUGGUCAAGGAUCACCAAAACCCUUUUGCUGCCUACUCUGAGGAGGAGUUCAUUCGGAGGUACCGGCUGUCAAAGGAGUGCAUUCACACCCUUCUUGGCCAAGUGGAACCAGAUUUGCCAAGAGCCAAGGAUGGACGAGGUUGUAGUAUUCCAGCAUACCUCCAGCUCCUCACAGCAAUGAUGUAUUUUGCCACAGGAAGCUUCCAGAUAUGUAUGGCCGACUGCCUGGGGAUGUCUGCUGCCUCUGUAUGUAAAAUUGUUAGAAGUAUCUCAACCAUUUUAUGUACUCUAGCUCGGACUUACAUAAAAUUUCCAGAGCCAACUGACAUUCCUGACCUUGCCUCCAAUUUCUUCAAUAUUGCUGGCAUACCAGGUUGCAUUGGUUGUAUUGAUGGCUCGUACAUCAAUAUAAUAAGCCCUGGAGGUGAUCAUGCGUAACUCUAUAGAUCACGAAAGGGCCACUUUGCCAUCAAUCUUAAGGGGAUUUGUGAUUAUAACCUAGUAUUUAGAAACAUAAUAUGUAGCUGGCCAGGUAGUGUGCAUGACAGCAGAGUAUUUGAUAAUUCAAGAGUGUGCCAUCUGUUAGAGGAGGGAAAUUAUAGUGGGUAUCUCCUGGGUGACUCUGGGUACCCAUGCAGGAAAUAUUUGCUGACUCCGCUUCUUUCACCAACAACUGAGAAAGAACGGAAGUAUAACACAGCUCACAUUAAAACCCGAAAUGUUAUUGAAAGAGCUUUUGGUGUGCUGAAGCACAGGUUUGCCAUUCUUAAUAAAGAGGUGCAGACAAAACUUAGCACAACCAAUAUUGCUAGAUUACACAAUGUUCCCAUGCCUGAUGAGAUGGAUGAGGAUGAGGUACUUGGAAAUGCAAUCCCAAACAUGAAUGCUGAGCAAGCAGUACCCAUUGAGAAUGCUGCCAGUGGCUUGGUAUUACAGAGCCGCAUAAUUGAGAACUGGUUUUAAAAUGUGCCAAAUUACACGUGCUUUCCUCUAUCCCAAAAUUGUAAUGCAUAUCAUUUCAAUCUUAAACUCAAUUGCAUCUGUCAUUUGAUACAUUGUUAUGUGACUCAAUACAAGAUACAAGUACUAUGUAGGAUGUAAUUAUAUAUUUUCCUGUGAAGGACAAGACAUGAAAGAAAUGUUAUAU